CGGCGCACAGUUCAGAUGCCGCAGUCACCAACCCACAGUAUGGAGGAAGAAGCUCCAGAACCGCAGGGUCCUACCCAUACAAACAAUGCAACAUCAAAUAAAGAAAAGCGUCGUCCAAAGUCUCGUGGUUCGACAACCAGUUUACAGUCGGUAGGCGUAGGAAGCGCUUUCCAACCAGCGCCUCACGAGGACGACCCGACAAUGCCGAUAGAACAUAAUGGCUUCUUCGUCCACCCGCAAGCUGCGGCGAUAUAUGGGCACAAUCCAGAAGAGAUGCUCAUGCAUUACCAGCACAACAUGGCAGCUCAUCUACGGCAGCAGUCCAUAGAACAUCCUCCCAACAUUUCGCAACACGAAAUGCGCCCAAUCUCACAACAAGGAUUUCAGGAAAUGCAACCCUUUCCCUUGCAAUACCCUCACCACAUACCUUUUGGCGUACCUCCACAGCAUAUGCAACACAUGCGUCAUCAGUCCGAGCAGUUUGAAGGUUCUCCGGCUCCGGAGGAUUCGCAGACGGAAAACGGUGGUGCGAAGCGAAGAAAAGCAAAUGCCUCAAGUGUGGCCAACGACCAGGAAUUGCGACGCCUGCUUGCUCAAUAUCAAGGCAAGUCGUUGAAGGAAGUUGCCGCAGAGGUGCAGAAGAAUGAAGGAUCUGGAGGCAAAUCAGAAAAAGCAAAACAAGUCUUUGCCAUGCUAUGGCUCCAAGAGAAUUGUCAGCGGUCUUCUCAAUCCGUGCGAAGAGACCGUGUUUUCACUCGCUAUACCGAACGAUGCGGCAAUGAACGAGUUCCAACGUUGAACCCUGCAUCAUUUGGCAAGCUCGUGCGCAUCAUUUUCCCCAACGUCCAGACACGAAGACUGGGUGUGCGCGGCGAAUCCAAAUACCACUACGUCGAUCUUUCACUAAUUAUGGAUGACGAUGACCGACAGUAUGGUGCAGGACCCGAACGACCUGCCACGGCAAAUGGCCAGCGUCACGAAAGACACGGCUCCGUGGUCGAGGCCAACAAAGCGUUCAAACCCCAUAUCACCCCCACGAUAGAGAGACCUAUGUCUCGCGCUACCAUGGAGACGGCCGAUUUCCCGGCUCCAAGUGCUGCGUUCCUGUCGAAAGACACGGGUCCAACUGAUGAUGAUGUCCCUGAGUCGGACCAGGCUCAUGUUCAGAAAUUGGACUGCAAAUAUAUCAACACCCCAACAAUCCGUCUACCUAUAAAGACAAUGCCUUCAAAUGUGGUGGCCGCUCUACCUUCCAUUCGACCGAAUCUUCCAGCCAGCAUGUCUACCUACCUUGGUAUGCCCACGAUGAACUCCCUGUCUCAAGUUCCAACCUCACAAGAUCCAAUCGAGUUUCCCGACAUACAUCCUUAUCUGGAAGGAACCACCUAUGAUGUUUCGAUAGCGAAGGCGUUAUUCCACCUGUACCGAUCCUACUGUAUUGAUGUCAUCGAUGCCUUCCGAAAGUGCAAGGAGAAGCCGUUUUUCAACCACCAUUCAGCCUUCAAUGGAAAGAUGACAGUACCUGUGUCCAAGCUCUUCUCCAUGGAGUGCUUGGCCCCUUGGAUCCAAGAAUGUGAUAUGCGAAUGUACAAACAGAUUGUCCGCUUCAUUGCACCGCUGGUGCUUCAGAAUGUACCUGAGGUUGUAUGGACUGUCUUUGAAAGAAUCGGAUCAAGGCUGGUUGGUCACUUGAUCACCGCAUUCGAAGAGAAAUGUCCCGUCCACGUCGUUGUGGCCAAGACUGUACCGGCCGCACGAUUCGUGAACGUGUUGAAGAAGCUGAAGGGGGCCAACGCAGCAACAAUGCAAUUGAGUCACAUGCUCGAUGAUCCGCAGCAACGGACGCAAAUGUGGCUUGACCUUAUGGCAAUGGUCGAUCCGGAUCGUCUCUUGGAGGACAGCAUGCCACCACCCGAAAGUCUUGAGAAGCUGCAAGGUGUUCUGAGGCACGAUCUGAGACCUUUGGUCUCUCCUCUGGAUGGUGAAUUAACACGUGCAGCCGAAGAUGAUCCGACCAGCGCGUAUGCCAACUUUGUCAAUGACAUUUCGGACUCUGCCUAUGGCGUCCUGCUCGCAGACACGUCAGGAGAGCUUUCGCCUCUGCUGGAAAGAUGGAUCAGCUGGCUCGAGCGGCUGCCGCAACUCUUCCAGGGUCACCAUCCACAGUGCAUGAUCGACUGGCAUUCACGACUGUGGUCUAGCGUUAUGAUGCAAAUGGGUCAAAAUGGUGCUCACAGCUAUCAGUCAUGGUGGUUCGUAGAGUCGUUCGCUACUCAGAUGCUGAGCUGGAUGACGCAAAUGGAAGGACUGCUUCUGGACGAAGAGACCCAGAAGCUUGCUGAUGAAAGAGAACAAGAAAAGUGCAGGGAGAUCAACCCUCUCUCGAGUUCAUUAGAUCGGAGGACCAAGAGAAAGCGGUCGGAAGAUGAUAUUCCAGAUCUAUCUCGUCUACCCAAGAAGUUCGAACAAGUACCAGGGGAUGUCCCAGGAUUACCGCGAAUCCCAACAGGUGAAGAAGCAACCCAGGAUAUCGAUGAUGACGCUACCGACGCAGACCUAGACGAAUUAAGACGCGGUGGCCCUUUGGACCUGCCCAGUUUUCACACCGGUCUUAGCAGUCCCAUAAAACGACAGCAGGCGAACACUCUCGACGAUAGCGGUAUCGAUCUGGGCCUAGAUGUUGAUAUUGAGGCCGAAAAGGAAGCCCGAAAGUUCAACAAGCGAGACUGGCUUCUCAGCAGCGAUCCGGUCGAUCCACCGAUCGGACUUGGUGUGAUGGUUUGA